AUGGGCACGGGUUGGCUUCGCGGACGCGGGAUAUUGUCGGAGCUCUGGCAAAACAGGACUACAGGAAGUAUCCCCAUGCUUGAAGACCCGCACUGGCAGAAAGCUCUGCCGCUGUCUGCAGCCCUGCCGAGCACGAUUUCCGAGCGUCUUCCCGAGCUUCUUGCGGUUUGGCGACUCCGCUCUGUGUGUAAAGCAUGGCACCGCGCUACGAUCCGGGCUUGCCUCUUGAGACAAGACAGAUGGACGACCACAGAACUCGUGCGAGUAUCAUGCUCUUACUUUGAGGGUGGCGGCGCUGACUUCUUAGCCAGACGACUAGUUUUGGGUCCACGGCAUAUCGACGAUCCGAUGGGAGGCGAGGCUCAGAUGAUCAUGGUCAAAGGCAAUACAGAAAGCCGAGAAGCUCCACACGAAUUUGAACAUUCAGACGGCAGCUAUGUUUGUGAGAUUCUGAACAACGAGAGGGCAGUCCUCAGGUCUCACUGGGGCAAGCCCUCUUUGCAACCACUUACUGCAAAUGAGCAGUGUCGCAAGUCCAGUCAGUCCGCGGCAGCACGCAUCAACCUGACGAAAAGCGGGUCACCGAUCGCACAUGUUCAGAUUGGGCGGGUCCUGCUGCUUUUUACUCGAAUGGUGCAGAAGGUGUGCAGCUUCAUGUGCCCCAUUGUCAGUGCCGUGUUUUCGGUGCGGCAGGGCAAGGCGCGACUUCUGCGUUUCUAUUACGACGUUGCUAUGGACAGGCAAAAGCACAUCGUGCAGACAGUCUUCCGCUUAGUCAGCACGAGAGUGGACGAGAACUGCUGCUGCUUUGUGGAGGACGAGUCCCUUUUCGGACCCGAUCACAAGAUCAUAUAUAGGCACUUCGCAACCCUGUACUUCGUCUUUAUAGCGGACAGCGCUGAGAGCGAGCUCGGGGUGCUGGACCUGAUCCAGGACCUGCUAAGUUGUCUCGUGUCGGUGCCACUUGUACUUGGAGGUUUCAUUGUUCAAAAUAGCAUCGUGUCACGCAAGCCGGAGUCGGAGGUCUUCGUCCAAGUCCUCGAUUCCUGUUUUGAAAAUGUCUGUGAGCUGGACCUGAUCUACCACUUCGACCGGGCCGGGAGCCGUGCGAGGGAGUCGUCGUCCUUGGAAAAGCUCCUGUGCCCGGCUAGCAGUCAGGUGAACUACAUCCUGGACGAAAUAGUCAUGGCAGGAAUGGUGCUGGAGACCAACGCUGAUCUUAUCCUGGCGGCCGUCAAGGUCCGCACUCAUUCGCAUCCGAAAGGAGACGAAGAAGCUGGAACAGGAGGGGUCAACAUUUGGUUUCUGAAUGCCUGCACAGAUUUUCAUGUUGCACUGGCACAGACACUGUUGAAACGUUGGCUGCAAUGCAGCCCUGAUGCCUCUGCACUUGACCGAGGGCCACUAUGCAGACUUGGUCAAGGGAUCUUUGGUUGCGUUUUGAUGGACGAUGAUUUCGACAGGUUUCUAGAAGCCUCGAACGAUGACGAGGAGAGCUUUUUCCAGCCGACGUGGAAUGCUUCGGCUUCCAGCCGGGACAUCCCGGGCCAUGGCCGCUCGCCGGUGAGAGGAGGCAGUCCUUCAUAUCGUGGGAAGUAUGCUGGUGCUGGUGGAGGAUAUCGUUCCAGCGAUCCGCUUGCCAGCAUUGACCUCAGUUCAUUGCCAAUCCCGGAGCGCACGGCUCCCAAAUCGAAAGUGAAGAGCACCGCUGCUGCAUCUCGGGGUCGUGCGGAGCCUUCUGCAUCUCCAACGGUGCGCAGUGGCAUGCGCCAAUCUAGCGACCGCGCAACUACACCGUCAGCUAAGUCCGAACCUGCGAAAACAAAGCCAUCUCCUACAGCCAACUCAGAUUCGGAGAGCUCGCUGUCUCACGGUCACAGUGAUGGCGAUGCGACCGGCACAGGAGCGAUGGCAUCGAUCUUCGCAAAUUUUAAAGCAGAGAUGGAACAGCAGCUGCGAGAAUCUGCAGAGGAGCAAAAGCGGCAGGAGGAGGUGGAGGACGAGCAGAGGAAAGAGGUCGAAACUCGCAGACGUGCAGAGGAACUGGAAGCGAAGAGACUUCGCGAGGAUGAGCAAAGAAAGCGUGAGGCGGUGGAAACAAAGCGAAAGCUUGACGAGCGGAGGAGCAUGGAGUCCGAAGCACUGGACAGGAAAAUUGAUGAAGAACGGAACAGGAGUGAACACAUCCCGAGACCUCAGAUUGAGAUUGGACAAUUGGGCACGGCAGCUGAUGUGAAGGAAAAUGCUGCAAAGCGAGCUGAAGAGGCCAAAGAUCAUACGAAGGGAGCUUCCAAGGACGAGGCGAUCGGAGACUGGAAGCAAGUUCGACAGGUUCCACAUCAAGUGCAGAAUGCGAUCUUUGACCUGGACAUCAAAAGACAGGAGAUUGCGGAGAUGAAAGACUUGCGCACGAAGACGAGGGAGGACCAGCUUUACGACGAAGAGGCCGCCCACCGACUGGUCUUGUUAUUUUUCUCCGUGCGUGCUUGGUCCGAGAAUUGUGAAGGAGGCCGUGUGCGCAAAGCUGGGGUGCCUGGUGCUUCAAGUCAGAUGCAGGUGUGCCGCAAGUUUGCAGAAAGUGCUGCAGUGGCACACGACUGGGCUCGGAAGACCCAAGCGUUUGCUUGCUGGAGUCGCUUUAGCGCCAGCACGGCAAGUGCCGCAUUGGACCGCAAAGCGCAGGACCAACUUGCUGCAGCAGCUCAACAAGUUGCGGAGACAACUUGCAAGCAGUCCGUGCUAUUGCAGCAAGUGGCUCACUUGGAGCAAGAGGUGGCGAAAUUAAGCCAGGAAAGGGAUACAUUAUCGGGAGACUUGGAAGCUUUGCUUCACAACGGACUGGGAGCGGGCCAACGGAACUCACAAGAGAAGACAUCCGAUUUGCACGGUGACCGAACUCAGAAGCUAGAAGCUGAUCUCGAUCUCGCUGAGAAGAUGCUGCGUGCCUGCGAGAAAGAGAACGAAAAUUUAGCAAGCCAAAACCGCCAGCUUCGGCAAGGAGCUCGCCUACGGCGUGAAGAAGUCGAUGGAAGGCAGUUGCAACUGGUGGCCGAGUUGAAUGCAGCCAAGGCUAGUGCUGAUGCCAACCCAGCCAACAUGGCCCGACUUGUUGACCUGGAGCGGGAGCUUGUGGCAGUCAAGGAAAGAGCUGACGAACACGCAAAGGAGCUGGAAAGGUGCAGAGAGGCAAAGCGACAACUUGAGCGGGAAAUGAUAACGGGACCGUUGCCAAAAGCUGCUCACAGUGAGGAGCUGGAACAUGCCGAAGCAAGACUUGUUCAAAGCCGGAAUGAGGUGUCAGAGCUGCAGGCUAAACUUCUUUUCUAUGCCCAGGGACAGCAGGAGAUGGAGGAGGACCGCAGACAAGUAUUGCGCCUUGGCGAAGAGUUGCGUGCAGCCUUGGGCGAGAAUGCAGAGCUUCGCAAGCGGCCUGCAAAAGAAGCCAGCAAAAAGAUUGCAGAGCUUCGGAAACAAAACGAAGAGUUGCAUGAGUGCCUCCGAAAGCGGCAUCCCGACAGCCUCCUGGCUCUCAUCAAAGCUUGCGAGCCGCCUCCUGAAGAAAAACGCAAGCUAAGUGAGCUGAAAGGCCGCGUCGCGGAACUUGAGGCUCAGCUUGCAGAGCAAGAUGCGUUGUACGAUCGCCGCAUCCGGGCACUCAGAGCGCAAUACGACCAUAUGCGGCACGAGUAUGAGCGACGUGCAGCCAUAAAUCGUGUGCCGGUGCCUGAGACAGAGGAGCCCAAGCGUGCAGCUCCCGACCGCGAGGCUAUCCUCCAAGCCAGAAUCAAAGACCUGGAACGGCAAGUUGAACACACGAAGUCUUACUAUCUCAGCAAACUACGUAAAAGAGAGCCGCUAGUCCCGUCGGGCAAGUCCAACAAAGCCACUGUGCCGACUAAUCCCAGUGGACAUGGAACACAUCACAAUCAGGGAGGCGAUGCUCGACAUGUCCAGCAACUCCAGCUGCAAUUGCAAGCGCAAGAAGACCGCAUAGCGGAGCUGACAUCGGCAUCGGCAUCUAUGAGGAAGGAACCGUGCUCGAUAGUCUUCCUCCGCCUGCUUUUGGCAUCGCCAGAAGCACUAGCGCUUCUCGCGUUUUGCGUGAUCCAGCGCUGGCUGCAUACUGGCUCCGGAAACUCGGAGGAG